GAGGGCGCUUGCGAGGCUUCAUUAGCCUGUUCCACAUGCCACGUCUACGUCACUGAGCCGUAUUUUGAUCGAUUAGAUGAACCAAAAGAGGAGGAGGAGGAUAUGCUGGAUCAGGCUCCAGCUUUACGACCUAACUCUCGCCUUGGAUGUCAGAUAAUUCUGCGGAAGGAUCUUGAAGGGAUUACUGUAACACUGCCACCAAUUACUCGGAACUUUUAUGUGGAUGGACAUGUACCGCAACCACACUAA